AUGCAGCAGUGGUCCGCGGGCUGCGGAGUUCGGCGAAGAGGCAGCAGCGGCUGCUGGCGGCUCUUCCGCGGCUUCGCUGCUGCUGCUUCCUUUUCGGGUUUUCUGGGGAGAAGGGAAGCUCCGGGGUGGCGCUUGCUGCUGCUGCCGCUGCCGCUGCUGCUGCUGCUGCUGCUGCUGCUGCUGCUGCUGCGCUGCUGCUGCUGCUGCUGCGGCGAGCGCAGAGAGGGCUUGGGGCGCGGCAGCAGCUGGCGCUAUGGGUCGAAGCUGACUGUGGAAAGUGGCUGGGCGCAGUCCCCGGAAAGAGGAGAAGCUGCAGCCACCGCUGCCGCCGCUGCUGCUGCUGCUGCUGCUGCUGCUGCUGCUGCUGAGGAUGGCGCAGCAGUCGAGCCUGCAGGAGAUCGGGGAGGCGACGGACGCCGUGUUCGCGAGCCUGCACCUGCGGCCCUUCCUGCUGCGGCUGCCGCUGCCCGCGGGCGAAGCAGCAGCAACAAUUCGCGGCAUUUGCGAAAAAGUCACCAAAAACAAGUCCGCCUCCCACACGCGUUCGAACCCCCUCGACGCCGCCACGGAGCAGCCCGACGCGGCUCGCGCGGAGCAGCAGGUGGAGGCGCUGCGGCAGCUGCUGUCCAGUGCCGGCGGUCGCUGCCGGCGGAGGUGUCGGAGGUGAUAAUGCGGACUCUGUCUCUGCGGCUGUUUGCCUACGGCUUCGCGUCGAGCCAGCAGAUGGUGCCGAACUCUCUGAACAAAGACUCGCUGUCGCCUUCGAAGACCCCCGUGGCCAACCGCCUCAUCAGCUGCACGCAAGAAAGCAUGUUUUUGUUUCCUCGAGACGCGACGGCGUUCAUGAAGACGCAGCUCUGCAUGUCCAGACACUGGGAAACGCCGCUCGACGGCGGCAGCCACAUCGACCACCCCAAGGCGCCCUGCCGCUGCAGCAGCGUGCGAAACGUCGCGGGCGCCUGGCAGUUUUCAGGAAUCAGUUUGUCCCGCUUCGUGAAUUACUGGCGAAACCACGGGCGACUGGCGCUGCUGGAGGUGCCCAGCUCGGCGCUGAGCUACUUCGCGCUGCACGACAGGCCGGGCCAGGGACUUGAAAGCGGCGCCAAGCGCCAGCGCCGCCGCGCCGCGGAGGCCGUCAAGACGGAAGAGGCCCCGCGGACUCCGCCGCAGGCCGGCGCCGCCGGCGCGGCCGCAGCCAAGGAGCUGCAGCGGCAGCAGCUGCAGCAGCAGCCCGCCUCCGAAGCCGGCGAAGUCAUUGCUGCUUCCUCGCGGCGCGGGCUGCGCCGCGAGGGCUCCAUUCCCCCGCUCAGCCACCACGGCGGCGCGCAGCGAAGGCAGGCCAAGGCCGCCAGGAUGGCCGCCGCCGCGGGACUCGCAGCCAGGGGGCCCCUCCGGCCCGCAGAGAGGGCCCCCCCCGCCGGCCAGCAGCAGCUGCCGCGCCUCAGACGGCCCGCGCUGCCCUCGCGGCCCACGACGCGGGCCAACGCCCACAAGGGCCUGCGCUGUGCAGGCGAGGCGACGGCCAAUUUCAGGGCGCGGCGGACGCGGUAG